AUGGCGCAACCGAAACGCCUGGAUCAGGAAGAAGAGGUUGGUUUUGGAAGCAUUGAAUUUGUAUGGUUUUCCCUGUUUCUUUGUUAAUCAAAUUAUCAAGAACAAGUAGAAAAUAGAACUUGGAGAAAAGAAAGAACGAAUUUUACAGGUCGUUCCGGCGAUCCGUCACGAAGACGCCGAAUGGAAGAUCAUUCAGCAGAACACGUUCACCAGAUGGGUCAACAACCAUCUCCAGAAGGCCGGAGAGACCAUCGGCAGCCUGGUAAUGUUUGUUUCAUAUUUUAGGAGCAAAUUGAAUUCUUUGCUGAUUUUUGUUCAUUUUUAUUUCAAAAAAUUGCAGGAAACUGAUCUGUCGGACGGACUGAAGCUGAUCGCUCUGGCGCAAGUGCUCUCGCACAAAACGGUCGGAAAGUUCAACAAAAAAGUGAAUUUCCGCUCGCAAAAGCUGGAAAACGUCUCGUUGGCGCUCAACUUCUUUCAAAACGAGGAAAAUAUCAAGAUUAUCAAUAUUGGUACGUAAUUCUGAUAUUUGAACAAAAGAAUACUUUUCUCAUUUUCCCAGUGUUCAAAGGGACUGUUAAUACCAUCAACCGGAAACCAGCGUAUUUUCUAAAGAGUUAAAGUUCAAACGGGAAAAGAUUCUAGCAAUUGUUCCCUGUUUUCCGGUCAUUUCACUCGUUUUUUCGUCCCCGAAAAAGCUCUCCGCAAACGGACAAUACGGUCAACUAUGUGUGUAAUUAUUAUGAGUUCGGGGCCGGCCGGCUGCUCCUGCACACAAAAACAAACAAAAACAUGUUUGACGAACGGAUUCGGCCCGUUUCGAACUCGCUGGACAGUUCUCUCCGAGGAGAAUACGAACUUUUGGAUGUUUAGUAUUUUUGUGGAAAAUUUCCCGAUUUUCUUGAAUUCCUUACUACCAAAUUUGAUUGAUUGCAGACAGUACGCACAUUGUCGACCACAACAAAAAGCUGAUUUUGGGUCUCGUCUGGACUCUCAUCCUCCACUACUCCAUUUCGAUGGGCUGGAUUCAGGAGAAGCGCGACGACGGCGCCCAGGAGGAGACUCCGAAGCAGAAGCUCCUGAACUGGAUCCGCAACCGUCUCCCCGGCAUGCCGAUCUCCAAUUUCACGUCGGAUUGGAACGACGGCGUCGCUCUCGGCGCACUCGUCAACUCGAUGGCUCCCGGAGCACUCGCCGACUGGGAGAACUGGUCGCCGAACGAGGCGCUCGAGAAUACGGAGAAGGCGAUGCGAUCUGCGCAGGAUCUGCUGAAAGUCGCGCCGCUCAUCGCGCCCGCUGAAAUGAUCCAUCCGGAAAUCGACGAAAUGUCCGUCAUGACCUAUCUCUCGCAAUUCCCGGCCUCCAAACCGGUGGUCGUGAAGCCGCGCUGCGAGGCGAUCGUCUCGAAUCUCGACCGAACGCUCCUCGUGAAUGAGCCGCGCGAAAUUGAGCUGCGCUUGUCGAAAGACGGCUACAAACCGAAAAUUUCGAUCAAAGAUGCGGAAAAUCAGGAAAUUCAGCUGGCCAUCAAGAAAGUCGAAGAUCAGGAGCAGACGUUCCGCGUCAAAUUCACACCCACCAAAGUGGGACCGCUGAGUUUCGAGCUCGCCGCCACCGACACGCACACUUUUGAGACGCAGCCGAUUCCGGAUGCCUCGGCCACGUGUCAGGUAGGGAAAUUGAUGAAAAAUAGAGAUUUUUUGAGUGGAAAAAUGCAAAAAUUGGCCGACUUUGGACAAGUGUUGGGAAAGCGGGAAAUCGGGGUUUUUAUGCGCAUUCUUUUGAAUUAUCGAAUUUUGCAUAUCAAAUUUUGACACUGUAACAAAGAAAAACAAACAUUUUGCAGGUGGUGCCUAUCGCUCGUCUCCUGGAAUACCAAAAGGUCGCGAAAGUGGGCGAAGAGGUGAAAUUCACUGUGGUCGACGCUCUCGAAGGUCCGGUGGAGGCGAUCGUCGUCGAUCCGACCGGAAAAGAGCACAGAAUGCCGGUGCUGGAUGGAUCCACGCCCGGAACCCACUCGUUCGAGUACAAAGUGCCAAACAUCGGACUGCAUUCUGUCAAUGUGUUCCACAAAAAACUUCCGCUCACCGGAUCGCCGUUCCCGCUUCGUGCCAAACCCAAAAGUGAGAGUUUUGCCGAUUUUCAAAAAGUUUCAAAAUUUUAGUGUUUUAGCUGAAAUUUUUCAAUUGGUUAGAUAUUCUUAUGAUCCUUCGAAGCGUCAACUUUACCAGAACCACAAGAUGAGUAUUUUCAGACGCGUUCAAAGUGUGGGGGCGUGGUCUGGCUCCGCAGGGAAUUCGCAAAAACGACGUCGUCGGCGUCCAUGUCGAGGCUCUCGAUCCGUCGGAGAACGUGGCGAACGCGAGUCUUUCGAUGGAGGUGCUGCGAGCCGACGGAACGAAUCUGCCGAUCUCGGUGGGCUACGACGAGGAGGCGCAGACGCUCAACUUCGAGUACAAACCGACGGAGGCGCCGGCAGACCUGGAGAUCCAUUUGAAGGUCGCCGGAGAGCCGCUCGAGACUCAUAAAGUCCAUGUAGCUCCAUUGAGCGCCUCGAAAAUCCGCGCAUUCGGUCCGGGACUCGAAGGAGGACUCGUCGACGAGCCGUGCGUUUUCGACGUCGAACUGAACGGCGAGUCGGCGAACCUGUCGUUCGCCGUCGAGGGACCGUCGAAGGCGGAAAUCGGAUGUCAGGAACGGCCCGACGGAUCCGCAGUGCUCUCGUACACGCCGACCGCGCCGGGAGUCUAUAAAGUUGGAGUGCUCGCCGAUGGAGAGCAUAUUCAGGUUGGUUGUUGUUUUUUUAAUCAAUUUUUAACGUUGCUGCUUCAAAAUAUCUUGAAAAUCUCUUUUUUUUUUUUUAUUGACGGACUCGUAGUGGUUAGUUUUCCAUGAACGCGGCAUUUUUCAAACCAGAAUGUUAUUAUUUCACAAGCUUUAGGCAUUGUUAUCUGAAAAUUAUAAAUUCUAGAAAAAUACAGUUUCAACGGUUUUUGAUAGAUUUUGCACAUUUUUUUUGCUUGAUCAUUCUCUCGAGCUUUUAUUAUAGAGGCACUGGACAGAAAGGGCGCGCUGUUAGCAAUCUGGCCGAAUUUCUAGGCCGCGAAGUAAUUUUCCACUGAAAACGUGGCCUAACUUUUCAAACUCGGCCCCGAGGUCGCUUAAUUUGCACUGUAAAAAAAGUUUCUCAACAGAGCGCCAUUUCUGUGCGGUGCCGCUAUAAUACAUAAAAAUUAUGUAUUUCAGGACUCUCCGUUCGUGCUGAAGGUGCUCGAUUCGAUCGCGGGACUGAAACCGUCGGCGACGCGUGUCACCGGAAUCGAUGAGACGAAAACGUACCGAAUCGGCGAGAAGAUUCCGUUCCGAGUGGACACGCGCCUCUGCGGACUCGAUAUCGUGCCGAAAGUCGACAUUCUCGACCCGCACCUCAAUCGAAUUUCGUACGGAGCACGCGAAAUAACUCCCGGCAUUUUCGAGUACAUUCUGAUUCCCGAGCACGCCGUCAAACACAAAAUCGACGUCAGCGUCGGGGGAGUUUCGGUGCCUGGAGCUCCGUUCUCGGUGGGUUCUGAAGCGCAUGGAAAAAUUCGAAUUUCUCCGAUUUCUAUCUAGGAAUGUAGUCUUAGGAAGCACUCAUAAACAUUUCUGAAGAUCAUAAUUUUUUAAAUUCCCUUCAGAUCAAAGUGGCGGAAGCUGUGGACGCUUCGAAACUGCGCAUCUACGGACCAGGAGUCGAAGGACCGGUCUACUCGAAAGAGCCGACCAGAUUCACGAUCGACGCCACCCAGGCGGGUCCGGGAGCCGUCGAAGUCGCUUUGGCCGACGAUCACGGAGAAAAAGUCGAUUUGGAUGUGUUGGACAAUCAGGACGGAUCGUUCACGGUCAAAUACACGGCUCAGAGACCUGGAGCUUAUCAGGUUUGCUAAAAUUCUCGAUUCUUCGAGGAAAAAUUGAUUGCUUUUAUGAUUUUUUCGCAUUUUUCAGCUGAACGUUGUGUUCGCCGGCGAGGAAAUCUCUCCGAUCGAGAUCAACGUGAAGCCGAACGUGGAUGUGUCCGGAAUUCGUGUCGACGGACUUGAAAACGGUAAUUUCGGAGUGAAUUGCGAUUUUUCGAUGAUAUCGCAUGAAUAACACUUGGUUUCCACUAACAGUAUGAUUUUCCAUUAAUUAUCUUUUUUUUUUUUGCAUUUUUCAUGCGUUUGUUACUAAAUCUGAAGCGAUUUUCAAUUUUUAACCGUUUGACAACAACUGAUGAUGAUGAUGAUGAUGAUGACGUGGACUUGAAAUAUUGACGGAAUGUGUGGUAAUUUGAUAUUUCAUGCAUAAUUUGCAGCGGUGGUUACGGUGAACGUCGAAAAAGAGAUUCACGUCUUCACGACAGACGGAGAAAACACGCGAAUUGUGAUCACGUCGCCCUCGGGACGAGUCGUCGAGGCAAUCAUCGAAUCGACGCCCACCGGAUUCCGGGUUCGAUUCACACCGUCCGAAGUGGGAAACUACACGAUCGACGUGACCUAUCAGGACAUUCCUAUCGAAAAAUCGCCGUUCACUCUGCAAUCCGUGGAGCCGGAGACUGAUUUUGAAGCUCCCAGCGGUUCGACGCUCGCAGAAGCCGAAUACGUCGUUUUCGGCUCGGGACCACCUCGCGCUGAUCUUGUUACCGUGUCCGGGCCGGGAUUGGGACCUCUGGUUGCUCAGCGGAGCACCUAUGUGCUCAUUGACACGACGAACGCGGGAUUCGGAGACAUUGACGUCUAUGUGGACGGUCCGACGAAGACGCCGUUGCACUGUGUCGACAAUCAGGAUGGAAUUCUGAAAAUGUGCUUUACACCGAAAACCGCGGGGCUCUACUACCUGCGGGUGAUGUUCGAUAACGAGCACGUGCCGGGCAGUCCGUUCCAGAUUGUCGCGGUCGCCGCGUUGCUCGGAAGCCCUUCGUUGCUCGGCGCGGAUCAGAGGAGCAAAACGGAGAGUCCUUACUCGUCGAUUUCGAGUGGAUCAUCGAGCACACCGAAUCCACCGCCUCAACAAGCGUGUUCAUGACACUUUUCUGGCUGGCCGAGAUGAACUGUUUACGGUUUCAUGUACUCCCACACAUCUGAUAGAUCUCAAUUUUCACUCCUUUAUCGCCAAAUCUAUCUCUACCAAGCUUACUUGAUUUCUUUACGUUUUUCCCUAAAAUCUCUUGCCUACAAUACAAAUAUUGAAAAAAACAAUAAAGUUUUUGUACGUUUUGUUUGUUUCUACUACAAAAUUCUAAUUUGGGAUUUUUCGAUCUCAAUUUGUUCCAAUAUCAUGCAAAUGAGUUUCCAGACAAUGUGCUCAUCGGCUCUCGUCUUCGUCCGAAAAUCGACGUUGCUCACCUGGAGCCAAAAUCGAAAGGACUCCAACUCUUGGACGAUUUCAACGGAAAAUUGUACAAUAUUCCGCUGAAGAUAAGCGCUGACGGCACGUACACCAGCGAUACGCCGCUUCUGAAUCCGGGAAAACAUCAGCUCAAGGUUAGGCCGUUUCUCGUUUUUUUUAAAUUAGAAACAGGGGCAGGCGCGCAACUGUAAUUCUAGUACUGAACCCCGUGUCGCGACAAGCCUGCGGAAACUAUUGUAGUUGUAGACAACGAUUUUAUACCUAUUUUUGACCAUCAACUUUAUUUCAUCUACUUGGCGGCAAAUUUCACUUUUCUCAUCAUUUGUCAUCACUUUUCGGGCCAGGUGAUCGCAGUCAUUCUUUUCGGGCCAGGUGAUCGCAGUCAUUCUAAUCGACAUCUCUGUUUGAAGAAAUUUGCCAAUUGAAAAUUGUUUCUCUACUGUUGCUCAUCCAUCAUUUUUCGGACCAUUCAUUCUAGUCGACAUCUCUCUCUGUUUUGCCAAUUAUUUUGGGUAAUUAUGUAAAUUCUAUGACGCGCAACUGUUUCGUUGUUGUUGUUUGUUGUUUCGCGCCCGCAUCUCUGCUCUUUCCCACGCUAAUCGCAAAAUGUUUCGAGAAAAGAACACGAAUCAAAAUUGCAGUUGCUGUUCGACGAGGUGCCAGUGAAAGAAGCGAUUGUUGAGGUGAAAAAGGGUACGGACGUGAGCAAAUGCCGUGCCUACGGACCAGGACUCGAGGAGGCGGUCGUCGGAGAAAAGGCCAAGUUCGAACUGGAUUUGGAUGUGCGUUAUUCAAAACUCUAGAGUUUUUGUAGAUGUUUGGGAAAACGGGUGACUUUAAGGAGGAAAGGAUUAUAAUUUUGAAACAGUAUUUCUCGAAUCAUCUAAAUUUUAAGGGUGCCGGCGAAGGAGCCGUGAGUAUGGAGAUGCGCGGUCCGGCGAAGACCGAAUCGCGAAUUCAGGACCACGGAAACGGGAAGUGUUCGGUGGAAUAUGUGGCGAAGACGCCGGGCGAGUACGAAAUGGCCAUCAAGUUCGGAAAGAACGAAUUCAAGGAUCAUGUCAAAGGUACGGACAAUUAUUAAAUUUUCCGAUGAAUUUCUACGUUUUUCCCCGGAGAAAUACAUAGAAAGCCAAGAUUUAUGCCAACUUUCUCGCUUAGGAAGUCCAUUCAAAGCUGUUGUGGACUACAAAAAGGAUCCGUCGGCGGUGAGCGUGCAGGGACUCGAAAAUCCGAUUUGCCGCGUCAAUCAGCCGAUCAAUUUCGUGAUCGACGCGUCGAAGACCAAGGAUUUGCCGGUCACCGUCAGAAUUCAGCCAGGUAAUCAUUUUUUGAGUUUACCUACAUUUUCCUGCACAUUUUCUAGUAAAAUUCGGAAAGAGAGAGAGAGAACAAUUGGAACCUAAUUUUUUAACAAGAAGAUGUUCGGUUACAGCAAUUUGUUCUAAACAUUUCGUUAUGUGAUGACAAUGAGUAGAAAUUUUGGAAACAAUUCUGAAAUUUGUUUUUGCAGAACACGCACAACUUCAACCGGUUCUGACAAAGUCGGCGGCUAAUCCGCGCGUCUACAAUGCUAGAUUCGUUCCGAGCGGCGAAGCGGGCGUCUCUGUGCCGUUGGAGAUUCUCUACGACGGAGAACUCGUCGGCGGUGUCGUCCGUGCGCUUAAACUGCACCCGGAGACCGAACCGCAGAAGCUCAAGAUUCGUAUGUUUCUUAUUAUAUGAUUAAAUGACUGUUUCAGCAAAAAUUGUUGUUUUUUUCGAUCAGAAAUUGAAUCGUUUUUUAUUCCAAAGAAAUUUAUGAUUAAAUGACUGUUUUAGCAAAAAAAAUUUGUUUUUUCGAGCAGAAAUUUAAUAGUUUCUUAUUCAACGUUUGAAAUAAAUUUUUUUUUUUGCAGUUCACGAAAAGAAGAAGGAGCAACUGUCGACACCGGCGUCGCAAGAAGGGCACGUGCCGAUCGACGUGCGCGAGUGCGGCCACGUGAAAGAGAUCGAGGCGAAAGUGAUGGGUCCGGACGGAAACGAACGCAUGAACCACAUCCGCUCGACCGAACUGCCCGGCAUAUUCGACGUUUCGUUCCCGACGGACAUGGCCGGACAGUAUACCGUCGUCUUUUUCGUGAACGGAGAGGAGGUGAAGCAGAGAGUGCCGGUGAACGCCGAGAAGGUCGGCAAGAAGGACGACGUCGUCAAGAGCGGCAAGUUUUGGACAGAAAUUUGAAAAAAAGAUGUUGGGAACAUUUUCGGCUCGGCAAUCAUUUUCAUAGUAAUUCUAGCACUGAAACCCGUGUCGUGACAAGCCUGCGGAAACUCUGUUGUAGUUGUAGACACACAAAGAGUUUGUUAUACCUAUUUUGGUCUUCAACUUUAUUUCAUCUACAUACUUGGCGGCAAAUUUCAAUUUUUUCACCAUUUGUCGUCAUUUUUUGGGCCAGGUGAUCACAGUCAUUUAUUCUAAUCGCAUACAUGUUUCGAAAGGUGCCCCGGCAGCAUGGGUGUUUAGGAAAAAAAUUUUCCCCACCCGCUAGGGUGGGGAAAAUUCUUUUCGCAGUUGUUUUUGAAGACGGCUGGAUAAUGGGAGUAAAAGAGAUGAGUAUUGUUAUUGAUGGAUCAAUUGGGACGGAAAAGGGCUGUAUAAUUGAUUAUCCACGCUGGAAAUUGCAUAAAUAAAAAGUGAAGUGAAAAAAGUAAUGUACUCACGCGGUUCGUCGCCUGUGGUCACGUAAAUCGAGGAAAACUUUGUAUUCGUUGAAGUCCCAGCGUGGAAAAGAUGAGAGACGUGUGGAGAAUGAAAUUCUGCGUUGAUUAAAAAAAAAAACGGUUGAAAAGCGUCCACUUACAACCGAGAUAAUGUAAAUGUGCCGUUUGCACUACGGCCGCAUCUGUUUUCUGAUGAAAAGCACAUUUAGUAUAAAUCAGUCAAAUCCAAGUUUCCAGCGUGGAGAAUGAAGCAGGAUUCUAAGAGGACCUGAAAUACCCCAUUUAUACGUUUUUAGCCACCCAUGACCAGUUUGAGCCCACUUCCGGCCACCUACCCUCCAAACUGCGGGAGCGGUGGUAUCCCGUAGCAUGGGGGGAGGCACUCGCAGGCUUGUCUUCGCGGAGAGAGAGUUGCGUUUUCGCGAGCAUACUGGCCGACUGGUUAGCAUUGCAGACCAUCAAGUUUCUGUUCUUAGGUUCGAAUUCUCGCCUCACCGAACCUUUUUGCUUUCUUUAACAACGGUCGGGAAGGGGUGAAACUUACUUAGAAGAUCUUCCACUGACCCAAGGUUGUCAAACGUGCUUUGAAUCAUCAGUCUGAUAGCUUUCUUGUCGGCGAUGGACAACCUUGGGUCAGUGGAAGAUCUUCUAAGUAAGUUUCACCCCUUCCCGACCGUUGUUAAAGAAAGCAAAAAGGUUCGGUGAGGCGAGAAUUCGAACCUAAGAACAGAAACUUGAUGGUCUGCAAUGCUAACCAGUCGGCCAGUAUGCUCGCGAAAACGCAACUCUCUCUCCGCGAAGACAAGCCUGCGAGUGCCUCCCCCCAUGCUACGGGAUACCACCGCUCCCGCAGUUUGGAGGGUAGGUGGCCGGAAGUGGGCUCAAACUGGUCAUGGGUGGCUAAAAACGUAUAAAUGGGGUAUUUCAGGUCCUCUUAGAAUCCUGCUUCAUUCUCCACGCUGGAAACUUGGAUUUGACUGAUUUAUACUAAAUGUGCUUUUCAUCAGAAAACAGAUGCGGCCGUAGUGCAAACGGCACAUUUACAUUAUCUCGGUUGUAAGUGGACGCUUUUUGACGGUUUUUUUAAUCAACGCAGAAUUUCAUUCUCCACACGUCUCUCAUCUUUUCCACGCUGGAACUUUUCGUACGCCUUUUUUAAAUACACUAUUCGACAAAUUUCGCAUUUCCUCGGCACAUUUACAUUAUCUCGGUUGUAAGUGGACGCUUUUCAACCGUUUUUUUUUUAAUCAACGCAGAAUUUCAUUCUCCACACGUCUCUCAUCUUUUCCACGCUGGGACUUCAACGAAUACAAAAGGUUUUCCUCGAUUUACGUGACCACAGGCGACGAACCGCGUGAGUACAUUACUUUUUUCACUUCACUUUUUAUUUAUGCAAUUUCCAGCGUGGAUAAUCAAUUAUACAGCCCUUUUCCGUCCCAAUUGAUCCAUCAAUAACAAUACUCAUCUCUUUUACUCCCAUUAUCCAGCCGUCUUCAAAAACAACUGCGGUUCUACCGCGAAAAACUAAUUACUUACAAAUUUCAUUCAAAUUUAGCUCCAAAAUUUUGAUUUCUACCUACCUCCCUUUAAGUCGGGUUACUGUACCUCCAGCGUGGUGUUUUGCGAACUUUGCCCACCCGCUAGGGUGGGCAAAAUUUUUUUUCAGUUUUGGCCCUUUCUUUCCGCAUGUAUGUCUAAUCGACAUCUCUGUUUGAAGAAUUUUGCCAAUCGAAAAUUGUUUGUCUACUGUUGCUCAUCCAGUUAAAAUUGAAAAAAAAAAACAUUUUUAUCUGGAAAAAAUAUUUUCAGACCAUCCACCGUACCCACAAGUGGUCGAAAACGCGGCGACGAACUUGACGUAUCUGCAUCCGAUCGACAACAAGAAAAAGAAGACGCACGCAUCGAUUCGUGUCGUGGCCGCCCGUCCGGACGCCGUCCGUCUCGAGCACGUUCAGGAGAUUGUCGAGCACGGAAACCGCGUCGCCGACCGAAUUCUCUUCACGCCCACCAAGUUGGGCGCCAACAUUUUGGACGUCUACUACGGUGGCGAACACGUCGAUCACGUCGAAUAUGAGGUACUUUCUUGGGAAAUUAUGAGAACAUUUGGGUUGUUUGGGAGCUCAGAAAGCGAGUCUAGUUCGGGACGCUCCGAGCAGGAACUCAUCGUCUUCGUUGUUUCGUCCCCUGCUCACUUCGUGCCAGUAAUCGUGGGUUCAUGAAGAUAUUACGGAUAUGGCUCGAUGAGUUCCUGCUCGGAGCAAUCCACAAGUGCCCGCAUGUAGGGUUGGCAACGAGGCGCCCCACCUAGGCGGGACGCAAAAUGACCUCGAUUUCAGUGCGUCGCUAAUUUUUCGCCAUUUUUGUUGUCUAUUCAUCACACAAAAUAGUUUUUCGGCGUGGAGAAAUGCGAGAAAUGAGUGUAAACAAGAAGAAGAGAACGAGAGAAAGUGGGGGUGGUCAGUAGCAGAAGGCCCUUUUCCCCCUCCCCUCGCUUGCUUUUAUAUUCUGAAGCGAAAUUAGGGAGUGAAAGUGGUCGAGGAGACGCAGACGACUCAACAAACAUGAAAACGGGGCGUAGUGACGGCGUAAAGGACGUCGUACUGCGAAAAAUUGAGACUUUUUGCUUCUUCGGAAUUUUUAACUUUCUGUUCAUAUUCUCUUUAUAAACAAAAACUGAAAUUCUGGAAACUUUCAGAUUUUUCAAAAAUGUUUCAAACUGAAAUUUAUUUCCGAACAAAUGCGUUUAACCAGUUGACGAGAGAGAGAGAGAAAGAGAGAGAGAAAUCGGUGGCAUUUUUAUUUAUUUGCCAAUUCUGUUUGUAGGGGCAACCGGUGGAGGAGUGCUGUUUGUAAUAGUCUCCUAUUGUUAUUGUUCUCUUCUCUUUCCGUCCGUCGAGGUAUUCCCAUCGCCUGUUGCUUCAUUUCGCUUUCUCUCUUUCUCGCCCCAUUUCACCGCCUUUUUCGACCAUUUCGAUGGACUCUUUUCACUUUUCAUUUUGCUAAAAGCAAUUUGUUACAAUAAGCGUCUCUAGAAGUUACCUAGCUUCUUGGCGAGAAAUGUCAUACUUCAGAAAUUCUCCUCAAGCUGUGCAUUUUUCUAAAUUUAUUUCGCACAAAAAUCUUCUAGUUUAGGUUUUCUAGUCAGUUUAGAUUAACUUCCCCCUUCCACCCCAACAACCCAUUUUACACUCAAAAGUUUGACAACAAAGAAGUGUCAUCACUAUCAGCAGUUUCGGGAAGAGAACGUGUGAUUCGUCCGAUCUCCGAUCAUCUGUACCUUUUGUUUUCGGCACGAGAUCCCCUCCCGACGUCAUUCCAUCGUUUUUUCACGUAUUUUCAAGUUUUUUGUGCACAUCACCUGAGCCGUUUGACAUCUGGAAGCACUUUAGUGGUGCGAUCCGUGAACUCGUUUUCGAGUGAAACACCUUGAAAACUAGGGAAAUCUGACGGAUUUUAUGUGAUUUUCGGUUUCGGUUCAAUUAAAAUGAUAAGCGCAUCAUUUUAAUGAUGUGGAACUGUGGAAUCGUUCAGUCCCUCGGGUUUCUUUGGGAUUUCUUCAAGGUUCGGAUGUCAAAAACAAGACGAAGAUUCGAUGCGAUUCGAGAAAAUAACAACUGUCGACUCCAACACAACACUUGUUGUCACUCAGUCACAUUCAUUCAUUAUUUUUGUCCCCCUCCGCCUUCCUAUCUGUCUAUUUUUUUUUGUGCCGCUUGAGAAACGAGAGGAGUGGAGAGGAAAAGAGGAAAUUGUUGUGAUGGAACGAGCCGCUUCGGAUACCUGCUCUCGAUCGGAGAAAGCCUUCUUCUCUCCGAGAAAGAUGCAUCACUUUUGUUUUGGCUCCCUCUUGUAUCACGUAGCCGCUCCGGGCUGAUUUUCUGGAAAUUUCUGGGCGAUUUUUCUACAGGCCUGGGCCUUAGCGAGUUGUCAAAAGUUGCAAAAAAUGGCGUCUCCAGAUUUUAUAUGAAUUUUCAAAUGCGAAUGGUGUAGGACGAAAAAAAGAGCUGCAAGAUUUGUCAUUGAAAAUUCGUAUAAAAUCAGGUAGCACUAUUCUGCAACUUUUUGACAACACGAUCCGAUUCAGCAUGGCUUACUGUAUCACCUUGAAUUAUUUUUCUAUAAUUUUUAACGAAAGCUAUCGUAAUCCCAUGCAACUCGGAAAUUUGCAAAUCCCAAUCAAUUACAAGAGUCUCAUUAGUCGCAUUCGCCAAUUCGACACCUUUCCGAUUGAUUGAUCGGAUCCUCAUCAGUCCGAAUUGUUCUCCGAUCAGAACUUUCCCUUCCACCGCUCGGAGACCUCGAAAGUCACGUAAACUUCCGUCGCGUCACGGGCUCAUCCCGUCGGGAGCUCCGGAGCCCGCCACACACAUAAUAAUGCAUAUCAGCACGUGAUUUCUGAAUCUUCGACCCGGCAGCUGGCCUUGAAUCUAGUCAUUCUCACUAUUUUUCCGGGGUGUUUUUGACCUGAAAAAAUGCUCCAAAUUUGGGAAUUUCUAGAAAAUUCUGAACUUUCGAACUUAUCAGCAAUUUUUCGAAAGCUUUGGAAAUUUUUUAAGCAGUGCUGAAAUAUUGAGAAACAAAUUCCAUUAAGACUAUCAGAAAAAUGAGUUUUAUCGCUUGUUUUUCUUUCUUUCUUUUUUGUAAAUCAAAUCUUUGAUCUCAUUGCGAUCAAAAACAACCGUCUCUGCGUUACCGGAAAAACAUGACACGGACGAUUGGCCGUUUUUUGUGCUUUUUUCUCGAAGAUCUUCUCAAGUUUCAUUGUUUCUCGUAUUCAGGCGGUUGGACAGCUCGAGUACGAGCAAAUUCAAGCAAAGUACGCGAAGCAGGUUGCAGCCGACGAGGACCUCGUCGAAAAGUUUGAAAAGAAGUACCAGGUGAGGGCGACGAAGUUGGAGACAUUUUUUAAAGAAAAGAAUUGCCUAUUUUUUGAAUGUUCGAUCAAAAAAGAACGCAUGGUCUUUUAUAAUAUUUGCUCUCAUUUGUAAUGUCGUGACCUCUAACCGCCCCUUCCUCGCACAGGACGCAUCUUCUUCUGCUGCUCCGGCCGCCACGCGAACUCAGAACAACAACAACAACGGAAAAGAGGAGAGAAUCGCGCCGACGCCGACCGAAAUCGAGCACAAACCGUUGGACGAUUGGACGGACAUUCAGUCGAAAUAUUUCACUGUAAGACGCGCGAUAUUUCGCAGUUUUUUUUUGAGUGAAAGUGUGUGAUAAUUUUGGAAAGAUUGAAUUUUCUUGUCGAGAAACGCCCCUAAAAGAGUGUCAGUUCCAGUUCAACAUUCGUGAUUUGGUGUGCGAUCCGAAAGAGCUUGAAGCCGUCGUGAUGCCGCCCACACAGAAGAAGGAAGUCGCCGAGAUUGUCGACAAUCUUGAUGGUAAUGGUGAAACAUUUCGAAUUUUACAAAAAAUUUGGCCCGAAACGGUGGUCCUACGAUUUUUGUGCACAUUUUUCCUCCAAAAAACGCCCGCGUUUGCAGGAACGAUCCUGGUGAAGUACACGCCGAAAGUGCACGGAUCGCAUGAGCUGUCGAUCCUGCAAAACGGAGCCCAACUGCAGGGAACGCCCAUCAAGUUCUACGUGGACGCCUACGGCGACGGAUGGGCGACCGUCUACGGACCGGGCCUCCAGAACGCCGUCGUCGGCGAACCCGCCACUUUUACCGUGUGCGCCAAGGGAUCGCAAGCCAAAGAGCUCUCUGUGAGCAUUGAGGGACCAGCGAAGAGCCAGAUCAAGAUCCACGACAACAAGGUGAACGAUUUGAACUAUUUUGUAGAAAGAUGCCCGAAAAUAGGCCAUUUUUCUGUGAAUUAACGGGAUUUUGUCAGGAAAUUUGGGAAACUGUUCCGAAAACGCUUUUAGGCAUAAUGUGUCUUUUCUAGAACUUUUUUUCUUUGAACGAAAUCUUGGUUUUUUGCAGGACGGAACUUGCUCGGCCGCCUGGGUGCCACCAGUGCCGGGAGAGUACAAAGUGCACGUGAAACUCGGCGGAAAGGCGGUCCGCGACUCGCCGUUCCGCGUGCUCGUCAUGGGAGAAGGACAGGUAUCUGGGGGUAACUCGGAAAGAGAAAAGUAUCUACGUCGUGAUGUUUGGUAUAUUUCUGCUGAAACUACAAAAUUGUGGAGAAUUUGCAAUAUUUUAUUCCAGGCCUGGGCGGAUUUGCGAUAGAAGCGGAGAAAAAUCAUUUUCUCAGACAGCCAGAAGCGAAUCGCUCGCCCAUGCCUGAUUUCAUUGAAAAAACCUUGAAUUUUCAACAAUGCUCACAAGAAAAUUAUGUGAAUAUUUUCCAGAAACGCUCUCACCUGUCGGUCGGCUCCACUUCGGAAGUGGCGCUUCCGAUCACCCAACAAGAGUUGAAGGGCAUUUCCGCGUCGAUCAAAUCGCCGGCCGGCAUCGAGGAGCCGUGUUUUGUGCGUCUUUUGGACGGCGGCCGACUCGGCGUCUCGUUCACGCCGCGCGAAGCCGGAGAGCACCUGAUUACGGUUAAAAGAGACGGAAAACUGGUGCCGAAGGCGCCGUUCAAGAUCAAAGUGGACAAGUCGCAAGUCGGAGACGCAUCGAAGGUCGAGGUGUCCGGGGCCGGAAAGGCCAAGGCGCUCACUCUUCAGGUACGCUUUUUCAUCGUCUCAAAAUCUGAGAGUUACAGAAAUGAACGCUUUUAUUAAACUAAAGCUACCGACUUUCUCCAUUAAUUUACACAUUUAUCGACGAAAAUUGCAGGCGAACGAAUUGCUCGUGGACACGUCGAAGGCCGGCUACGGAGGACUCUCCGUCUCGGUUCAGGGACCGUCCAAGGCGGAAUUGACGUGCAAAGAGGUGAAAUCGGGACUGAUCAAGGUGCUCUACACGCCCACCGAGCCGGGAGUCUACGCCAUCGCCAUCAAGUUCGCCGAUCAUCACGUCAAGGGUGAGCGGGUGUGGAAAAGUUGGGAAAACUAGAAUCUUGGGUUCAAUGCAUCGAUGUUUUCAACAAAAAGUAAUACUCUAUUACCGUUUCAUAAAGUUUUCAGAUUAAAAGUUUAGUUAUUCGCAACGGUUCAUCCCGAACAAUAAAAUGUUGCAGACUCUCCGCUGACUGUGCAGUGCACCGGAAAAUCGGCUGGCCGCGUCAUUCAAACGAUCCAAAAGGGCGUCGAACAACACGGAAUCUCGCUGCCCGACCAGGAAUCACUGAUGUUCCUGAAGCUGCCGAACACGUCGCCGAUGGACAUUUCGGCGCGUCUGAUGGACCCGAAAGGGCACACGGACGACAUUGAAAUGCGCGACCUCGGACAGCAGUUCUAUCAGCUCAAGUUCACGCCGAAGCUGGAGGGCAUCCACACGCUGUCGGUCAUGUACAAGGACGCUCACGUCAACGGAUCGCCCUUCCAGUUCACCGUCGGAUCGUUCUCCGAGGGCGGAGCUCAUAAGGUACACAAAUUGGGGGAGAAAGUGGAACCUUUUUUCCUAGUCGAAUUACCUUCGUUCUGGGAUUCAAAAUGCCAUCGUUUUUUCAUGAAAAUUAGUUUAACUGGUAACAUAUUAAAAUUUAAUUUCCGUUUAGGUGCGCGCGGCAGGACAAGGAGUGAUCCGCGGCGAGACGGGCACUCCGAACGCGUUCAACGUGUACCACCGCGAGGCGGGCGCCGGAAACCUGGUCGUUUCGGUUGAAGGACCGUCGAAGGCGACGCUGGAGUUCAAGGAGCACAAGGACGGCAAUUGCCACGUCGACUACAAGGUGCUUACCCCCGGAGAGUACAUUGUGGCCAUCAAAUUCAACGACCAGCACAUUCCCGACUCGCCGUUCAAGGUGUUCGUCGCGCCGGCGACCGGAGAGGUGCGCAAGCUCGAGCUGGCCCAAUUCCACGACCAGGGCAUUCCGGCCGGCAAGGCGUUCACGUUCACCGUGCUCACGCACCGCGCCAAGGGACAUCUGGAGGCGAAGGUCGUCGCGCCGAACAACGAGGUCGACACCAUCGACAUUGUGCCCAUCGAGGACGGAGAGAGCUACGCGAUGCGAUUCGUCCCCAAGGUUUGUGGAAAUCCGGAUUUGAACUGGAACAUGAUUCCGCGCAGCAUUGAAUUUUUUUUUCUGACGUGAAUUUUUGAAGUGUUUCUUCAAAAAACAAUUUACCGAAACUAGAAAAUAGAAACUAUGUUAUGGGAUUUGGUAAUCGCUUUCUGAACCAAACAUUCGAAUAAUAAUUUUUUUUUGAAACUAAUGAAUUUUUGAACAAAGAGCAACCAAAAUUGUGAACAAAUUUACAUUUUCGCUCUUCCAGGAAACCGGAAACCACUACAUCCACGUGACGCUCGACGGCGCGCCGAUGCGUGACUCUCCGUUCCGUCUGCGCGUUGGCGGCAAAGAUCUGUGCGAUCCGACGGCGAUUUCGGCCACCGGCGACGGUUUGGUUAAGGGAGUGACGGGCCAGAAGUGCGAGUUUCUCAUCAAUACGGCGAAUGCGGGAGCCGGAAUUCUGACGGUCCAAAUGGACGGUCCCUCGAAGGCCACGCUCGACGCCUACGAGCUCGAGAAGGGCUACAAAGUGAGAUACACUCCGUUGGCGCCCGGAUUCUACUUUGCCAGCAUCAAGUACAAUGGUACGUAGUUUUUUGGGAUUUUUAAAAAUCGCGAUUUUUGUGCAGGAAUCCACGCUCCUGGCUCUCCGUUCAAGAUCCCGGUGGAGGGAAAAGAGCUCGGCGGAAACGGCUACAACGAGACUUCGACGGUGAAAAUCGACGCGGUCGCGAAGACGUCGAAGGGAACCGUGGCCGUCGUGCCCGAAUAUCAGGGAGACGCCACCAAGGUACGCUUUUUUUCCCCCGAUAAUGGCAGGUUUUUUGAAACAGUUUCUAGAAAAAUAAAUGAUAAAAGUCUAAUUUGGAAGCAAUUUCUGGCUGUUCAGGUGACCGCGAAGGGCGCCGGCCUGAACAAGUUCUUCCCGGGCCGACCGGCGGCGUUCCAAAUCGACACAGGACUCGCCGGCACGAACCUUCUGAUGGUCGGCGUCGUGACGACGAAGGGACCGUGCGAGGAGGUGGUCGUGCGCCACCAGGGACAGGGACAUUACGUCUGCUCGUACCGUAUCCCCGACCGGGUCAAGGGAUUCAUCUUCAUCAAGUACGGAGAUAAGGUUCGUUCGCUCUUUAAACGGAAAAGGAUUGAUAAUACAAUGAGCUUAUAAGUACGACCUUUUGAAACCACUGGCGUAAUAUAUAUAUAUAUAUAUAUAUAUAUAUAUAUAUAUAUAUAUAUAUAUAUAUAUAUAUAUAUAUAUAUAUAUAUAUAUAUAUAUAGAAAUGAUAGGCAGCAGUGUUGAGCGGAAUUCGGUUUGCCGUUUUCCGUGAUUUCAAAUUCCACUUCCGCUCAACAUAGCCAAGCAGGAAGAACACUGUUUUCAAAUAACGUUCAGAACUGUCUUUCAAAUAACGUUCAGAACUGUUUUCGAAAGUUAUGAAACUGUAAAAAAUAGCAAAUUGGUUAACGAAUUUCUUUAAAUGUAAUUUUGCAGGAAAUUCCCGGCUCUCCAUUCACCAUCGAGCCAUAA